GCUAGGAGUGAGCAGGUGCGCAUGCGCGAGUCUUGCCUCCUGUCAUAGUUAGCUUGGUAAACCAAAGCUGACAUUAGCGCUAAUUUUCCCCCAUACUGUUAUUAUUGUUUAUAGGAAAUAAUUUUAAAAGUUAAUAUUUAAGAAGAAAAGACGUCGUCUUGACUUGUUUUCGUGGUGCUGCUGGAUAAUGACAUGGCGAUGGCGGGCCGCAGGGUGGAGUGUGUGUGGAAGAGGCACAUAGUGGAGCAGCUUAAGCAAAGGGACCGUGUGCAGUGGCAGACCUUUGAGGAGAUCAUCCUACAGUAUAACAGGUUGUUGGAGAAGUCAGAUCUGCAGUCUGUGCUCUCAGAACGACUGCAGACAGAGAAAUAUGAAGCACAGAACAGGCACGAUCUCAGUCCAGGAACUGAGUCAAGUCGCGGUGACGUCCUACAGCAGGAAAUGGCUCCGAUGCGAAUCAAACAUCAGGAAGAGCUCACGGAGUUGCACAAGAAACGUGGAGAGCUGGCUCAGAGUGUGAUUGAACUGAAUAACCAGAUUCAACAGAAGGACAAAGAAAUACAGAGCAACAAGGCUAAGAUUGUGGAGUACCAGCAGCAGAUAGCCCAGCUGGAGGGUGAGUGCCGCGACCUGAAUAACUGCCUCUCGGACCUGCAGCGAGCCAACCAGACGCUGCACGACGAGUACGACGCGUUACAGAUCACCUUCAGCGCUCUGGAAGACAAACUUCGGAAAACCACAGAGGACAAUCAGGAGCUCGUCACGCGCUGGAUGGCGGAGAAAGCUCAGGAGGCCAACCGGCUGAACGCCGAGAACGAGAAGGACUGCAGGCGCAGACAGGCGAAGCUACAGAAGGAAUUGGCAGAUGCCGCAAAGGAACCGCUGCCCAUCGAUCUAGACGAUGACAUUGAGGUUCUUCCAGAAGAAUCUGGGAAAGCAGCAGGAGAAGCGUCUCCAAACCGCCCUCUCAGUCGAACGCCCAGUAGGCGAGUGUCUCAGACACAACCCGGCGGAAUCCUAGAUUCCAUCACUAAUAUUUUCGGCGGACGUCGCUCGCUGAACUCACACGGCUCUCCUACCGAGACUGCAGACGCUCCGUCAGGAGUGUGCGCCGACGUCCGGGUCCCGUCCACCGCUCUUCACAUAUUUGACGCCCACGAUGGUGAGGUCAACGCGGUCAGGUUCAGCCCUGGCUCACGUCUUCUCGCCACAGGAGGGAUGGACAGACGAGUCAAACUGUGGGAGGUGAUUGCAGGUCGCUGUGAGCCAAAAGGCGCCCUAACGGGCAGUAACGCUGGAAUCACCAGCAUCGACUUCGACAGCGCUGGCUCUUACCUGCUGGCUGCGUCCAAUGACUUUGCGAGUAGAAUAUGGACUGUGGACGACUACAGGCUAAGGCACACACUAACUGGUCACAGUGGGAAGGUUUUAUCUGCUCGCUUUCUGCUUGAUAACGCUCGCAUCGUCUCGGGCAGCUACGACCGAACGCUUAAACUGUGGGACCUGCGCAGCAAAGUCUGUAUGAAGACGGUGUUUGCAGGCUCUAGCUGUAAUGACAUCGUCUGCACUGAGCAGUGUGUAAUGAGCGGUCACUUCGAUAAGAAAGUGCGCUUUUGGGACAUCCGUGCCGAGAGUACAGUGUGCGAGUUGGAGCUCUUGGGUCGUGUCACAUCGUUAGAUCUCAAUCACGAUCGGACGGAGCUGCUCACCUGUUCCCGUGACGACCUUAUCAAAAUCAUCGACCUCCGCAACAACGCCGUGAGACAGACGUUCAGUGCUCAAGGCUUUAAGUGUGGUUCAGACUUCACCAGAGUCACAUUCAGUCCCGAUGGCAGUUACAUAGCAGCCGGUUCGGUGGACGGAGCUCUGUACGUAUGGAACGUCCUGACCGCGAAAGUGGAACGAACGCUUGAUAAAGCACACAGCUCCUCCAUCAACGCAGUGUCGUGGUCGCCAUCGGGUUCCUUCGUGGUCAGUGUGGAAAAGAGCAGCAAAGCAGCGCUCUGGUCCGACAUCUGAUUGGCUCGGCUUUGUCCCCCCCGCCUGCUCCGAUUGGUUUAUCUCUGCUCCGCUCCGCAGCACUCUGAUCGGUCCAGAUUCGACAAGCUAUGGCUCGAGUUUGGCAUGUUUUCCAAGAUGCAGUGUGUUGAGGAGGGGGUGUGGUCAUCUGCACUCGUGCUUUCGUCCUGUUCAUUCUCUAGCUAUUUGUCUCGGUGUGUCUGAUGGUGAGAUCCGUAAUAAUAAUAAUAUUAAUUAUAAUUAUAAUAGCUUCCUAAUAUAUGCCAAAUUACCAUCUGACAAAAUCACACAGUGUGACAGUCGACUACCUCCAAACGCUACUUAUUCCUGAACGGUUCUGUAAACUGGCAUUAGCAUUGUUAUCAGGUGCUCAAAUUUGUGUCAUAACAUUAAUACUAUGUAAUAAACCUUCCUGGCUUUAAGAUUGCCAAGAUAUCAUUAGCAAUGGUCAGAUUUCAUUCUAAUUGUGAUUGGAUAAUGAAAUCUUGGUGUAAAUACUGACCAGUUCCACUUACUGGGUCUAAAAUUCCUCUUUGGAUAGCUAAGCUAUCUUUAGCAAUGCUCAUUGACUCAAAGUCAAUCCAUAAUCUUAUAUAAACUUGCUAAGUUAACAUUAGCACUGUUAUUUGCUUGUAAUAUUAGCCUCUUCACCUCGGCCCGAGUACUGGCCACUAACAGACAGGCUUUAAAAUGCUUACGAUAUCAUUAACAUUACAAACGCUUUAUGCUUCAGGCUUGUUUAAGGAAGCUCCUCAUGGUCUUCACAACCCAAAUAGGACUUGGACUAUCUCUCUAUCUCUCUGUUUCAGUAAUUAUAUAUUAUAUAAUGAUAUUGGAGGCCUUAAAUUGUACAUAUUUUGUGUGUUACUAAAGCACACACACACACACACACACACACACACACACACACACACACACGUGCGCAGGUUUAUGGAAGAGUUGAUUGACAGCAGAAGGAGCCAAUCACUGCUAGCCCUACUAAUUAUUGUCUUUAUUAUUCAUGACCUGGUAUUAAUGACCCAUCCGCUGCUUUGGGAGGUCGUGGCUUAAGCCUGGAGUGACCGGGGCUCAGGAUGACCACCCCCUGAGAUGAAACACACUUCAGCUUAAUCUGAAAAGCUCUAAGGAAACCACACACACACACACACUAUAUAAUAAAUGAUGAUGCACACUGCUGGACACGUGUCCUCCACGCUCCUGUACGGUUACGUCUUUAUCCGAGGUGCAAAGUGCCACUGGCUUUCUUACCCACGCUGCUUCAGUUUAGGACUCCAGUGGGAGGCGCUUAGGAUGAUCCCAGAACUCUAUUGGCUAGAAUUAUAUAAUAUAUGUAUAGGAAACGUCCGCGUGUGAAAUGGAUGCUUAUGUUUACACGUAAAUAAAUGUGACACUGUU